AUGAACUUGUACAAGUCGGCGGCCUCAGCGCUGGACCAUCUCGAUGCGCACCAGGGCUCGGUCAAGGGCUCCCUCGCCGCGGCGGGCAUCAAGGCGUCUGGAGGCGAGGCGCGCCGCAUUCUCGCUCUGCUGAUUGAGACUCUCAAAUACCGCGAUGUCCUGAAGCAGCUGCUGACCACCGUUCCCGUCCAGAAGCUGGAGAAGGAGGCGUUUCCCCGGAAAUCGCGGCCGUCAUCUUCGUCCCUGCUCCAGGUAAUGGUGCACGAUCUCCUCUUCUCUCCCAAGGGCAAAAUCGAAUGCAGCGACAAGGUGGACGCCAAGGCCGCCAUCUUGAAGCACGGCACGAGACUGAAGGCUGAGCUGGUCCGAAUCCAGAUCAAGGCUGGCAAGUCGUCAAUCCGCGAACUGGGCAAGGAGGGUCUGUCGAGCUCCGUGCGAUACAUCCGCUUCAAUCCGCGGCGAAUUGAGAAGAGCGUCAACGAGGACGGCGAGGAGGUGGACAAGUGGACGCUGGACGACCUGCACAACUAUCUCCAGGGCGAGGUCGGGUUGAAUCUGCUGCCAGAGGCGAGGUAUCCCGUCCCGAAGAACAGCUACUUCAUGGACCCGCAUCUGCCCGACUACCUCCUCGUCUUCGAGAGUGGGAGCAACUGGUGGCUCGGAAGCCAGUGGUAUGAGCGCGGCAGCGUCAUUCUCCAGGACAAGGCGUCCUGUAUGCCCGCGGCCGUGAUCAUGGCUGAGCCUGCUUCUUCCUCUUCCUCCUCCAAGAAGUCACAAUCUCCUCCCAAGUCGCAAUGGGAGGAGUAUCCCGACUGCAUCGACGGCACCUCAGCGCCGGGAAACAAGACCUCGCUCAUGUCCGCCCUGUCGACGUCGAACAUCUACGCCUUCGAGAAAUCGCCGCAACGAUUCAAGACGCUCGAGCGCAUGCUCAAGAUUGCGGGGUGCGACAAUGUGCAGGCGCAGAACGAGGACUUCACCUCUGUCGAUCCCAACGACUAUCCUACCGUCGGACGCAUCCUGCUUGACCCGAGCUGCAGCGGAAGUGGAAUUGUGAACCGCCUCGACUACCUUGUCGACGGCGAGGAGGAGAACGAAGCCGGCGACCAGGAGAGACUGGACAAGCUCGCCGGCUUCCAGGUGCAGAUGCUCCAGCAUGCUCUGAAGUUCCCCAACGUCACCCGCAUUGUGUACUCGACCUGCUCGAUCCACAAGACCGAGGACGAAUCUGUCGUCUCGCGCAUCCUCGCCUAUUCCCGGGAACACCCCUCCAGCUUCAACGGGGAGAGGUACGCCUGGGUCCUCGAGGAGCGGAGCAACGUCCUGCCCAAGUGGGAGAGGCGUGGUCUCCCCGACCCUCUCAGCGCGAAGGAUGCGGACAAGGUCAUCCGCUGCGCGCCCGAGGACCACACGAACGGCUUCUUCGUUGCGUGCUUCAAGCGCAUUCCGCUCGCUGAGCUCCCCACGGAAGUUGAGGCGGAUACAGUUAAGGCGGAGGAGUCGUCGAGCAAGGCUGAGAAGCCGUCUGCCGAGGCGGGAGGUGGUAAGACGAAGAAGGCUCAGGUGAAGGGCGAGGACAAGGCGGAAGGCAACGGCAGGGGCAAGAAGCGGCCAGCUGAGGAUGUCGAGGAGGCUGAGGAGCAGGAGGAGGAGACGCGGACGGACGAGUCGGCCAAGCCGAAGAAACAGAAGACUGCCGCGCAGCUCGAGCGCGCCAAGCGGAAGAAGAAGGCGCAGAAGGCCAAGGCUGGGCGAUAG